UAAAUCCGCGGUCAUACUGGCAAGCAGCUGGAAAAGCCAACUCAGCUAAAACUUAAAAUUUUUAUACACAAAAAAAAGGCUGUGCAGCAGGAGUUUUAAUCAAUUUUCCAUACUAAAGUGCGCCCCACACACAAUGCAAAAUGCGGCUGACAAACGAGAACGUGAAACUCCACCCAAUGCUAAGAGAUUUGGCCAUUUUCCUCAGCCUAACAAUCUACAUUUGUCUUCCAACGACGUGGGCCGCUGAGACAACGACUCUCUCGGACAAGAGACUGUGCGCUGACCCAAAAUGUGAACGAAUCAUCUCCAUGGGCAGAACGAAGAUAAUGUACAACUCUGGCGGCAAGGGACUGAUACCCUUCAAGAUCAACAGCCCAGUGCGCAUUUUGUCCAAAAGCGCUGGCACGAAUAAACAGCUUUGGGGCGUGGAUAUUGGUGGACGUCGUGGCUAUGCCAACAAGGAUUUCAUAUUGGAAGAGAGGAUUCUUAUAAGUGAAAAAGAUUUGGAGCAUGAAGUGCCAGUGGUUGGGCCGGGUAGCCCGCCAGUAGCUGCACCAGAAGCUCCCCUGAAGGCAACAGAGAUAGAGCCUCCCGUUCCCAAUGCCUCUGAGUCAGCCGAUGAGUUGGCAACGACCACAACCAGCCCGCUGGAUGUUAAAGGUGAUGCUAUUGUGACGAAAAAGGACAAGGUAAAUGACCAACAGGUGCCGGAUGUGCCAACAGCGUCGUCACAAGUAGAGCAACUGGUAGAUGGCACUCGGCUGCCCAUGGAGGCAAUUCCAGCUGUCACCGAGAGGACAAAGGAUCAACAGGUCGAUAAAUCUCAAGCAGCCUCAGCAGCGGUUGACACGAAAGAGCCACAGCCGGUGACAGCAACGACUGAAUCGAAUGAGUCACAGCAGCAGCAACUACCAGAGAAAGUAGUUGCUGAUCAAAAAGAGCCAACGCCAUCAGUGACGGAACCUCCGAAGCUACAACAGGUGGAAGCUGAACCCAAAGAGCCAACUGAAGCAGCGCCUGACACCAAGGAGUCGGAGCCAGUUACAGUUGCACCGGUGAUGGCUAUCAACACUGAUAUUGACGACGACUCUGAUGAUUUCGACUACGAGGAGGACGACGACGAAGAAGGCGAUCAAUAUGAUGAACUGAAAAUAGUUAGCAAAAAAGAUAACGAAACAUUGAACGAAGUAGCGAACGAUAAAAAGCCAAUUAAUGUUAAUGAAACAACCCAGUUGAAGCCCAAUUUGGUGGAGCAAACUUUAGAUAAGAGUGCACCCCCCAGUAGUGUCGAGGGAGAACCUAAAACUGAGGAGAAACCAGUGGAGCCACAGGCGGAGGUACCAGCAGCGAAUCAGAAGAAUGAGCAGCCAAUUCCAUCGAUCCUUGAGAGUAUUGCGUCCGCAAAGGAAGCCCCAAAGGUGGACACUACUGAAAGACAGUUGGAGGAGAUUGUUACACCAGAGCAGGUGCCUGAAACAACGACUCCAAUCGUAGAGGCGGUAACCGAAGGGGCGCAAGUGCCAACAAUUCCAUCGAUUGAAGAAACAUUGAAAGAAACUGUUGUUGAACAACCAAAAGCAGCAGAGAUUCGAGUCCAAAGUGAGCAAGAGACAGCAAAGGUUGAGCCUCUGGUGCCAGUCGAAGCCACCACCACUGUCAGUCCCAUCGAGGAGCUGCCUCCAGUCGCAGCAGAGCCUUCAGUUAGCCUGCCGCCACUUUUCGAUAAGCAAAACUUUGCCAAUCCAAACGAGUAUUAUAAACAAUUGCAAGAACAGCAGGAGGCAUUGAAUCGGCAGCCGAGUGAAGCCUCCAUUGAUGAUCCAAAUGAUUAUUACAAACAGCAGCAGGAGAAAGCGGAGAAGGAGCAAUUGAAGCAGCAACAGGCGGAAGUGGAGGAGCAACUGAAGCAGCAACAGGCGAAAGUGGAGGAGCAACUGAAGCAGGAAGAGCAAGCGAAGGUUGAGGAGCAACUGAGGCAGCAGCAUCAGGCGCAAAUUGAAGAGCAACUGAAGCAACAGCAGCAGGCGGAAGCUGAAGAGCAACUGAAGCAGCAGCACCAGGCGGAAGCUGAAGAGCAACUGAAGCAGGAGCAAGCGAAAAAGCAGCAGGAAUCCAAUCAUCAGUUGCCAGAGCAAACUACACCCACACCUUCUUACGAAGCGCCCUAUGCAGCAGUUGAUGAUGAACCGACGGCAGCACCACACAGCGAGGAGGUAUCCUCGGAGAGUGCGGCAGUUGGUUCAGUGGAACCACUGGCCCUGCCCUCGACAGCAAUUCCCGCCUCAGAGUCUCCCAUAAAGGAAGAUGGCCUGGGUGGCGGUGGCGGUGGUGGAGGUCUUUUUGCCACCAUUGUCGACACUGUCAACACAUUCAUCUCUAGUCAGGGUUCAAAAACGAAGGAGAAUGUGCCAUUGGAAGAGAGCAGCAGCGAUGAACUGCAGCGAAUUCUGUAUCCGGGAAUGGGUGAAAAAACAUCCAAUGAUGUGUCCCCAGCUGAUGUCGAUAUUCAUGGUGAUGCUGAUGCCCAUUGUGCUCGUUACCAGUCCAACAUUAAUGAUCACUGCCAUCGCACAAUUUCGCUGGACAACUUUGUGGAGGUGCUGGCCGCUAAGCUGGUGGAUCACAGCCAGCUGCUGUUAUGUGUUGUCAUUGCGGCCGCCUCUUCGCUGUUCUUUAGCUUUGGUUAUUAUUGCUUCUGCAACAGCAGCCAAGAGGGUGCACUGCUGUCGAAACUGAACCACUUGGAGCGCAGCCUGCUGACCUCACACAAGGAGAAUCUCAUCAUUAAGAACGAUCUGAUGACGACACGCACCAAACUGGCCAGCAUUGAGGACAACUCCUUUGGAUCCAACGACAUGGUGGCCUCACUCAAGAAGCAGCUGGAGAUUGAACUGUACGAGAAGGGCAAGCUGCAGGAACAAGUUAGCGGCCUGGAAAGGGAUUUGGAUAAGGCCGCAGAGGCUGGGCUAGAGCUAAACACAAUGUUGUCUGAUGUGCUGGGCAAUCAGAAUGGCAAUGAUGCCAUAAUGUUGACAGCCGAUGAGCUGCAGCGGCAGAUAAACGAUCAGAGAAUGAUCAUUGAGGACAUAAACUCGAGCCUCGCCGAGAAGAGCCGCGAGAAUAGUGAGCUGCAAUAUGCGUACACCGAGUCCACGGCGCGUUUGUCGAGCGAACUGAAGGCUUUGCAGGAGGAUAACUAUGAGCUGGACAUGGAAAAGUCCAAGCUGAAGACACGACUUGAGGAUAUCCAAGCGGAGAACGAGCAGGAGCUGGCCAAGGCUUUGGAGGCUCGUAACUACGAGAUGCAGCGUCUGCAGAAUCAGAUACUCGAUCUGACAACCAAGUGGGAGAGGGAGCACGGGGAUCUGCAGACCAGUCUAGCCAAGAUCGAGGCACUCGAGGACUGUCUGAAGUCUUUGAAGAAGGAUGCGAACCUCAAUGUUCACGAGCUUAUCAGCUCGGCCAAGACGCGAGGCGAGCUGAAUGCGGCACAGAAGAAGUUUAGCGAUCUGCAGUUAAAGCUGGAGCAGGAGCAGGUCCACAAGGGCAGGCUGGAGAGUCAGCUGAAGCAGUCCAAUGCCGAUGUGGAGCAGCUGAAGCAGGACUUCAAUCAAGCGGAGCGGGACAAACUGGAGGCGCAAACGCGUCUCGAGGUGCUUUCUGGAUACUUUCGGGAAAAGGAAAACGAACUUAAAACGGAACUCAGCCUACAGGAGACCAAGUGGCUGCAGCAUCAGGGCGAGAAUUCCAGCACCGUGGAGACGCAAACGCUGAUGAAGAACGAAAUUCAAACUCUCAAAUCUCAGAACGAUGAGCUGCGCGCGGAGAUUGAGGCACAGAUUGCCUCACACAAGGCACAGAUGGGCACUUUGGAGAAUCGUGCGCAUGAAUCCUGGCUGGCGGCGCGACAGUCGGAGCGACGCUGUGAGGAGGCGCUGGCCGAGGCCGCUGGUUUGCGACGCAAGCUAACCACCAUGGCCGCAGGUGGUGAUCCAGCAACAGGGGAGUCAAUCUCUUCGAAUGGGGGAGAGUCGAAGGCAACAACAGCUCCAUCGCCGCUGCCGUUGCCGCUGCCUUUGCCGGGCUCGCCAUUAUUAAACAUGCCAAAUCCACUGCCAUUCCUGGCGGCUCCCUUCUCACCAUUUAUGGGCCUGCCGCCGCCAUUCCUGCCACCAGCUGCAGCUGGUGGAGCGCGACCACCGCCGCUGGGUCGCAUGCGUUCCCCGCCGCCGGCUGCGUCGGGUUCACGAGGUCAUCGUGAUCAUGACCGUGAAAGGUAUUCGGACUACAGCGACUACGAUGACUAUGACGACGAUGAGGAGGAUGAUCGCCGUCGCCGGCAUAGUGGCAGCUGGGGUCGGGGACGUCGCGACUCCUACUCGAGGGAUUCGCCUCGCACAUAUCGCUCGCUCUCCCCCUCGGACAGUCGAUACAACUAUCGGCACGACACAGAGACGGACUACAGUCCGCCUCCCAGUCCGCAUCGACCGGUGGCGUCGGGACAUCGCAACGGACCGGGCCCUGGCACGGGCGGAACGGGCACGGGCGCUGGUUCGCGAACAUACAGCGAGGUAUGAGAGAUGCGGAUUUUUGUACUUCACGGCGGUGGGGGUGUGUACCGACCAAAUCCUAUCAUCCUACCAAGUAUAUUAUGUACGAGUAGUUGCUUAAACUCAAAACUAGUUCAAAUAUAUUUAUUAAUCAACGA